AAGGGGGGCACAGAUGACCGGAAGCGUGCCCUGGCGGCGCUGCCAGCCCCAGUUGGGAGCUGGUAGGGAAGUGCGAGGAAGGCGGGACGCAGGGCGGAGCCGCUGCAGGGGCGGGGCCUGCGGGCAGGAGCUGGGGGUUGGGGCGGGAACCCCUAGUCCCCUCCAGACCCCGCCUGCUCAGGCGCGGGCGGCGGCGCGGCCAUGAAGCUGAAGCUGAAGAACGUGUUUCUCGCCUACUUCCUGGUGUCGAUCGCCGGCCUCCUCUACGCGCUGGUACAGCUCGCCACGGGAAUGGAUCGAACCCUGCCCCUUAUGCAAAGAUUUAGGGACAGUGCCACUGCGUUAUCCUCAGGCCAGCCAUGUGACUGCCUUCCUCCCCUGCGGGCAGCAGCCGAGCAGCUACGGCAGAAGGAUCUGAGGAUUUCCCAGCUGCAAGCGGAACUCCGACGGCCACCCCCUGCCCCUGCCCAGCCCCCUGAACCGGAGGCCCUGCCUACUAUCUAUGUUGUUACCCCCACCUAUGCCAGGCUGGUACAGAAGGCAGAGCUGGUACGGCUGUCCCAGACACUGAGCCUGGUGCCCCGGCUGCAUUGGCUGCUGGUCGAGGAUGCUGAGGGUCCCACCCCGCUGGUCUCAGGGCUGCUGGCUGCCUCUGGCCUCCUCUUCACACACCUGGUGGUUCUCACGCCCAAAGCGCAGCGGCUUAGGGAGGGCGAGCCUGGCUGGGUUCAUCCCCGUGGUGUCGAGCAGCGGAACAAGGCCCUGGACUGGCUCCGGGGCAGAGGGGGUGCUGUGGGUGGGGAGAAGGACCCACCACCACCAGGGACGCAAGGAGUCGUCUACUUUGCUGACGAUGACAACACCUACAGCCGAGAGCUGUUUGAGGAGAUGCGCUGGACCCGUGGUGUCUCAGUGUGGCCUGUGGGGCUGGUGGGCGGCCUGCGAUUCGAGGGCCCUCAGGUACAGGAUGGCCUGGUAGUGGGCUUCCACACAGCAUGGGAGCCCAACAGGCCCUUCCCUGUGGAUAUGGCCGGAUUUGCUGUGGCCCUGCCCUUGCUGUUAGCUAAGCCCAAUGCCCAGUUUGAUUCCACUGCUCCCCGGGGCCACCUGGAGAGCAGUCUUCUGAGCCACCUUGUGGAUCCCAAGGACCUGGAGCCACGGGCUGCCAACUGCACUCGGGUACUGGUGUGGCAUACACGGACAGAGAAGCCCAAGAUGAAGCAGGAGGAGCAGCUGCAGCGGCAGGGCCGGGGCUCAGACCCUGCAAUUGAGGUGUGAUGGCGGCCCCACCCCAACUACCACCUCUUUUCAGGCACAGACCUUGUGGGACUGGGCCCCAGGCCUGCCCAGGAUGUGGUUUUCCAAGUCCUGACCCCUUGGAGCCAGAAGUGGCCCCUCUGCCCCUCCAGGCCCAGGGCAUGGUCCUGCUGCUUCACCCCUCCCCCAGCCUGCCAUGUGGCACUGCCCACAGGCUGGGGACAAGCAGCCCUUGUAUUGAGCCAGGUUGGCCCGGUCUAGGGUGGAACAGAAGGACAGACGGACCCAGGAGGGAGGGCAGCUGAGUAACUGGGUAACUUAUUGGGGCUGGGCAUGCACUGGGGGGCUGGAGGAGCUGGGCUGGACCCUCCCCACCUGAGCAUGCUGACCCCCUUCCUACCUCCAGAAUAAAGAAUCUCAACCUGGA